GAGCGCAUCCUGCCGGUGGUGGGGCCAACGUCACGGUGGUGGAGGUCGCGCGGCAGCCAGAGUGGGGGUGGCAGCCGCCGCACGGCGCACGCUGGCAGUUACGCAGGGUGCUCCGUGCAUCGUCGAUAGAACGGUGGUUCCGUCGCGCAGUCAGUUGCAUUCCGGCCGCCGCGGUGGGAUGUCGUCUCGUCGCGUCCGGGCCGCAAGUGACACGUUGCCAGCCGCAUUCGUGGUGAUACCGAGUCGUCACGCUGGUGCAUCCUCCUCCGCGGUGAUACUACGCUCGGCGGUGUACUAGCUAGUGAUAUCCGCGCGCCGUGAACGGAGCGAGAACGCGAGCUCGCUAGAGCGCGCGCGCGCGCGCGCGCAUCCGUCCGUUGGCCUGCUGCUGCCCGCGUCUGGUCUGGCUUUGUGCGCGCUGGUUUAUCACUCCUCCGCGGGAUCGCCUCAUUGGAUAUGAACGAUCGGCGCACGAGCGAUCCGCGGGAACGGACGACCACGGGGUCGAGGGUCGUGGUGAUCGCCGUCGCGUCAGUGCCGGUGUUGUCGGUGUGAGAGAGCCGCAUCCGCCGGGAUACGGCGGGAGAGAGUACGGCGCGCGGCGCGGUUCGCUUCCCUCUCUCUCUCUCUCUCUGCAUCUAUCUUGCAAUCGCGCAUUCUCUCUCCGUAUCUCUUUUCUACUCUCUGUACGUGGCAUGGAACGGAGUGUGCACAACAGUUGAACAACGGAGCAAUGCCGUGGCUAUGAGUGCGUGACGGCUCCUCGAGCGUUCUCGAGCAGCCGCGCUGCGAGAGUAUCUUCCGGCCAAGGAACGCGUCUCAUGGGAGAACGAUGAUGUCGUCGUUGGGAAUAAUGCAAGCGUGUCAUCAUCAUCGUCGUCGUCGUCGUCGUCGUCCUCGUGUUGACGGUGUUGACGUACGUGCGUCAUCGUCGUCGUCGUCGUCGCCGUCGUGGUGGUGGUGGUGGUGGUGGUCGUCGCCGCGUUGGCCGACCUUGGUCGUACUGUGCUCGUUCUUGUUGUCGUUGGAUCGUCGCUCGUCGGUUUACGGACGCAGCAUCACGAGUCUCGAGGCGCCGAACGGUUGCGAAUGGCGAAAGGACGACGAGGACGGCGAGCAGGCGUUGGCCUGCAGAGUGAGGACGAUCGCGAGCGUGCCCGGGCUGAUCGGCAACCUCUCGACGAUACAAGCGGACACGGUGACGUCGUUGGGAUUGGAGUGCAGCGACGUGCUGUUCUUCGAGAGUCAGCUCUCGAACGGGCCGCACGGCUUCCUGUCGCCGUUGCCGCGGCUGGCCAAGCUGCGCGUCGAUUACUGCAAGAUCCCGAGCCUGCCGGGCGGCGCGUUCGCCGCCGUGCACAAUCUACGCAGUCUGUCGGUGCGGACGCACAACGGCGACUGGUCGGCUAUGACCCUGGAGCUGGACCGGGACGCGUUGCGCGGCCUCACGAGUCUGCGGCACCUCGACCUCGCCGACAACAAUCUGCUGACGCUGCCGCCGGAGCUGCUCUGCCCGGUGCAGAGCCUCGCGAGUUUGAACCUGACGCGCAACAAGUUACAGGACAUCGACUGGAUCGAGUUUUGCACGGCCGGCCUGGAGACGCUCGACAUGAGUAACAACGACCUCAGUAGCUUGCCCGACCGCGCGCUCAGCGGCUUGCGCGCGCUCAGCGUGCUGAAGAUACAGGAGAACGCGAUCGCCGCCGUCGGCGACCACGCGCUCUUCGGUCUCGCGUCCCUGCAGGUGCUCAACAUGUCCAGCAACCGGCUGGUCGCACUGCCACCCGAGGUCUUCUCCAGGACGAAGGAGCUGCGGGAACUGAUACUCAGCAACAACUCAAUCUCGGUGCUGGCGCCCGGGCUGCUGGACAGCCUGGAGGAGCUCCAGCUGUUGGACAUGAGCGGUAACGAGCUGACGAGCCAUUGGGUGAGCCGCGACACGUUCGCGCGGCUGGUCCGCCUCGUCGUCCUCGACCUGUCGUUCAACGCGCUCGCGAGGAUCGACGCGCACGUCUUCAAGGGCCUGUACAGCCUGCAGAUCCUCAAGCUCGAGCACAACGAUAUCGAAACGCUCGCCGACGGCUGCUUCGCCUCACUCGCGAGCCUGCACACCCUCACGCUGUCGAGCAACAAGAUCGCGAGAUUCGACGCGGCGCACACGACCGGCCUCGGUCAGCUCGGGCAGCUCUUCUUGGACAGCAACAGGCUGCGCGCCGUGCCCAAGCGUGUGUUCGCCAAUCUCACCGAGCUGCAGGACCUGGCGCUCAGCGGAAACUCGUUGACGGAGGUGCCGAGCGCGGUGCGCCUGCUGCACUCGCUCAAGACCCUCGACCUGGGCAACAAUCACGUGACGAGGGUCGACAACGAGUCGUUCGCCGGGCUCAACGAGCUCUACGGCCUGCGCCUGGUCGACAACAAAUUGGAGAACGUGUCGCGCGAGGCGUUCGCCUCGUUGCCGGCGUUGCAGGUGUUGAACCUGGCGAACAAUCUCAUCCGUCACGUGGAGCAGAGCGCGUUCGCGAGCAAUCCGGUGUUGCGGGCCAUCCGCUUGGACGGCAAUCAGCUGACGGAGAUCCGCGGCGCCUUCACCAGCCUGUCGACUCUCGUCUGGCUCAACGUGUCCGACAACAAGCUGCUGUGGUUCGACUACAGCCAUCUGCCGACGAGCAUCGAGUGGCUCGACAUACACGCCAAUCAGAUCGGCGAGCUCGGCAAUUAUUACAACGUGCGCGGUAACCUGCGGAUCAAGAUGCUGGACGCCAGUUACAACCUCAUCACCGAGAUCACGGACGUCAAUGUGCCGGACAGCGUGGAGACGCUCUACCUCAACGACAACAAGAUACGCGCCGUCGCGGCCGGCACGUUCCAGCAGAAGGCCAGCUUGGACAAGGUGGUGCUCUACGGCAACGAGAUCCGCAAUCUGGAAGUGGCCGCGCUCGGUCUGCAGACCGUGCCGGACAAUCGGGAGCUACCGACCUUCUACAUCGGCGACAAUCCCAUCCUCUGCGACUGCACCAUGGAGUGGCUGCCGAAGAUCAACGAGCGCGCCCGCCAGCGCCAGCACCCGCGCGUCAUGGACCUGGACGCCGUAAUGUGCGACAUGGUGCACGUCCGCGCGACGCCGCGGCGCAAGCUGCUGUCGCUCAAGUCGAAGGACUUUCUCUGCCGGUACGACGCGCACUGCUUCGCCCUCUGUCACUGUUGCGACUUCGACGCGUGCGACUGCGAGAUGACCUGCCCGGACAAUUGCUCGUGCUACCACGACCACAGCUGGUCCAGCAACGUCGUCGACUGCUCAAACGCCGGCUACAAGCGCGUGCCCGAGCAGAUACCGAUGGACGCCACGGAGAUCUACCUGGACGGCAACGAGCUCGGCGACCUCGGCAGCCACGUGUUCAUCGGCAAGCGCCGGCUGGAGGUGCUCUACCUGAACAACAGCGGCAUCGCCGCGAUCCACAAUCGCACGUUCAACGACGUCGAGGCGCUGCGCGUCCUCCAUCUGGAGGACAACGCGCUGCGCGAGCUCCGCGGCUUCGAGUUCGAGGAGCUGGAGCUCAUGUCCGAGCUGUACCUCGACCACAACGCCAUCGUCACCGUCGGCAACACGACCUUCAAGAAGAUGCGGAACCUCGAGGUGCUGCGGCUCGAUAGCAACCGCAUCGUCGACUUCCGACCGUGGGAGGCCCUGCCGAGCGGCCUCGGCGGCAGCGCCAAGGUCGCGCUCGAGGGUAACGCCUGGAGCUGCGAAUGCGGCAACGCGGUCCGGCUGCGCGCCUGGCUGGCCGAGCACCGCGGCGACCCGGACAAGAUGUACUGCCGCGACGGCGUCGAGACGCUCGCCCAGGCGAUGGAGCGCUGCGGCGACCCGUCCACGGAAGCCGUCAGCCGCGGCAUCCAGGAGAUCCCGCUGUUGGGCGGCAAUUUCGUGCCGCUCCUCGCCGGCGCGCUCGUCGCCGUAAUCGCCGUCUGCCUGUUCGUCGCCCUGGCCUUCGCCUUCCGCCAGGACGUGCGACUGUGGGCCCACGCGCGCUACGGCCUGCGACUCGGCAAGAUGGCCGCGCCGCCCGACGAGGAACGGGACCGGCUCUACGACGGCUACAUCGUUUACAGCGAGCGCGACGAGGACUUUGUCUCGCGGUUCCUCGCGGCCGAGUUGGAACAGGCCGGCCUAGCCCUCUGCCUGCAUUGGCGGGACUUACCGCCGGCGAGGCCGCAGGAGGCGCUGCCGCCGGCCGCCGCGGCCGCCCGGCGCAUCGUCAUCAUCUUCUCGCCGGUGUUUCUGGCGAACGAGUGGCAGCACGCCGAGUUCCGCGCCGCUCUGAGGACCGCGCUCGAGAACAUCAGGCCUACCUCGCGGAAACGCCGCGUCGUCGUGCUCCUGGCCACCGAGGCGCCGGCGCGCGACCCCGAGAUGCAGCUUUUGCUGCAGACGUGCACGGUGGUGGUCUGGGGCGAGAAGAGGUUCUGGGAGAAGCUGCGCUUCGCGAUGCCGGACUCGGUGGACAAACGACGCGAUAGCAGUAACAACGCCGGCGGCGGCGGCGGCGGCGGCGGCGGCGGCGGCGCCGGCGCCGGCGGUAGCGGCAGCGGCAAGAAGGUCAACGACCGUAAUCGCACCAGCACGCGCUACACCGCGGCGCCCUCCGCCGUCGUGGACGUCUGGACCAAGCCGAACGGGGUUUUGGUCGCACCGGUGCACGCGCCCACGCCCACGCCCACGCAGUCCACCUACGUGAGCUCGGCGUCCAGCAGGACCGAGGACGAGGACAGCGGCGCCGAGCACCAGCACCACCAGCACCAGCAUCAACACCAUCCGCACCCGCACCAGCACGGCUACAGCGCGCUGCACACCACCGCCGCCAACGGCCGUCCGGCCAGCCUGUCGUCCAGGGGCAGUCACCUCUACAGCACCAUACCGGAGCCGCCGGUGCCGACGGCGCCGCAGUUGUCCGGCGAGACUCUCGCGCAUCCCGGCAACCCGCGUACUUACUUCGUCUAGCACAGAAGGGCGGCGAUCGUACUGCGAUCCGCCAAGAGAUAGACCAGAGACUCCAACUGCCUCCAACCAUGCCUCGAGCCCUCUUGCGGCCGCGUUCACGGCCGGCGUGAUCGCCCGCGAUUCGUCGUCGUCGUCGUCGUCGUCGUCGUCGUCGUCGUCGUCGUCGUCGUCGUCGUCG